UUAACAGUGGAUGAUGCUCCGGCAAUGGUUGGGAAACACAAAGGUUUACUAAAAUGUAUUGAAAAUGAGGCCUCAAAAGUCGGUAAUACAUCAAUGCUAAAUUUUCAUGGCAUUAGUCAUCAGGAGAAUCUAUGUGUCGAAGUCCCUCAAAAUGGACGACGUCAGGAAAGUGGUCGUUAGAAUAGUUAACUUCAUGAUAUCGAACGGGUUGAAUCACCGUCAGUUCCAAGAAUGACUAAAGCCUUUGCACCCAGAUUAUAAUGACGUUACAUUUUAUGCAGAAGUAAGAUGGCUGACCCGUGCCAAAAUGUUUAAAAUAGUGUUUGAUUUGCAGCAAGAAAUACAAUCAGUCUUUGCUGGCAAGUCAAUAAGUAUCCCAGAGUUUGAAGACAAAGAGUGAGUUUGCGACUUUGCCUUACUGGCCAAUAUAACUCUAAAUGACGUCAAUACACGUCGACAAGGGAAAGAUCAAUUAAUUAAUAAGAUGUAUGAUCAUAUUUCUGCAUUUCAAAUGAAACUUGGUCUUUGGUAA